UUGUGGUGUCGUUGUGUGCGCAUUGAAUUUCGUGUGAAUUUCAAUGAAAUACAAAUUUUAAAAGUGUUUACCAGUAUUUAUCUCUUAAAAUAACAUUCCGGCGGAAUAGUUUUCAUAUUUUCAAAUCGCAAACUAAAGCGCGUGUGCAAAACCAUAACGCAAUGCUGUGAAAAAAUUGUGGCUAAUGCAAAUGUGUUCAAAUGCUUGAAUUUUUUUAAUCAUAAAUCUUAACACACAAAGUGCAUUAAAUAUAUGUAUAAAAAAUUGUGCCUCGAAUAAAGCAACAACAUUUACGAGUGACGGUGAAAAAUAAAAAAUAAACAAAAGUAAAAGCAGCGCUAUACCAGCGUCAGCGAUAAACAUAAAGAAGAAGAGAAUCGGUAGCGGCUGAGCGGCAAAAUCAACAGCAGCAGCAGCACUAGCAACAACAACAACAACAAUAGUGCAACAUGGCGACCGAAAUAGACGAGCUAAUCGAGCAGCUAAAGACGACAAGCGUCAGUCCGGACAGCACCACAACGCUGCUGUGCGAAAUAUCGGCGACCAAGGAUCCGAAACUGUUUGACAAACACGAACUGGCCGAGUGCUUUCUACAACUGACACAGUCCGAGGACACGAAUGUGCGCAAGGAGGCAGCCAAAUGCAUCGCCGAGAUCACAAAGUCGGAGGUGCAGCGCAAGAAGUUCACCAAACGGGACAUAAUUGCCGCCUUUCUUGAGUGCCUGCGUCGUGUGCCGACCCCGGAUGGCAGCAUGGAACUUCCAAUACAGAUUUGUCGGGCUCUGGGCAACAUCUGCUAUCUGAACGAUGAGGCGCGCGAUCUUAUCCUGGAGCUCAAAGGCGAUGCAGUGCUGCUACAAUUGCUAGACAUCGCCGACAUUGUGGAUGCGGCCAACGCGCCUCAGUUCAUCAAAGUGCGUGGCGGCCUGCUGUCAAAUUAUUUGCUCGGUGGCGAGGGAUUGGCCAAACGUGCCAUGGAACUGGGCAUCAUGCAAAAGCUGCAGCGCAUCAUUGCCAGAGGAGCGGCCAAUGUGGAGCAACAUGAGGACUUGCUGCUCAACACGCUGCCACUGCUUAGCAUUCUCACCGAGAAUGUGGCGGAUCUAAACUUUGAGGCAGAGCUCAACAUACAGUUAUCACGCAUACUGGCGGCCUCAACGAAUCCCGAUCUGGCCGAAAUGUGUCUCGAACUAUUGCACUAUCAGGCCGAGAGUGAUGAGGUUAAGCUGCUGCUCGCCAAGGACGGGCUCUGCGAGACCAUCUACAAUCUGCUGGAGAAAUACAAGACACUGGCCAGCACGAGCGAGGCGCGUGCUCUCAUGAAGCUGGCCUGUGAACUGAUUGUGCUCAUCUUGACGGGUGAUGAAUCCAUGCACUUCCUGUACACCACACCACUGCUAAAGAAUAUGGUCGACUGGUUGGACUCAUCGGACAUCGAUCUGCUAACCACAGGCGUACUGGCCUUGGGCAACUUCGCCCGCACCGACAGCCACUGCAUUUACUUUGUGGAGCAACAGACCAUGAACAAACUGCUCGAGGUGCUGGCCAAGAACAAUGGCGUCAAGGAUGAUGUGCGUUUGCAGCAUGCGCUGCUCAGUGCGCUCCGCAAUCUGGUCAUACCCAAGCCGAACAAGAAUGCUGUCAUUCAAGCCGGACUGGUGGAAACAAUAUUGCCAAUGCUGGAGAUACAUCAGCCUCCAGUGGUGUUCAAAUUACUUGGCACGCUUCGCAUGACAGUCGAUGGACAAGAGAAACUUGCGUUGGAGCUUCUGAAGAACAAGACGCUUAUUGAACAGUUGGUGCAUUGGAGUAAAUCGUCGGACUAUGCGGGUGUGACUGGAGAAUCAUUGCGUCUGAUGGCCUGGCUGAUCAAACACGCCUAUCUUAAUAAGAUUGCGUAUGCGCUGCCACGAAAGGGUGAUGCGCCCGCAGAGCAAAUAGCGGACAAAAUACCACUUACCCAGGACUACGAUCGCAGCAGUCUGACUCAGUUUCUGAGCAACGAAGGGACGGUCGAGGCCAUGGUCAGCAUGCUCACAGCCCAGCAUCUGGUGAUGCAGAACGAGGCGCUGAUUGCCUUGUGCAUAUUGGCUGUGGUCUACUUGUCCCAGCAGAACGAGGCGGUGGUCGCUCAGGCACAGCGGCUGCAAGACGACCUCAUUAAGUGCGAAGUGGGCAAGAGGUUGGCGGAGCUAAUUAGCAAAUCAUCGGACUCGAUGACUAAGGAAAUUGUGGAGAAUUUGCAGAAUUGUGUGAAUCUAUUGAAGACAUCUGAUAAGUUGGUGGCACACUUGGAGCAGCAUAAUAUUAACGAGCUGCUGAAAUCGAUACCGAUUUUGACGGAAUAUUGUACGUUGUAAAGCAUGGACAGUUGGAAUGAGUUGGAAUGUGAUGGGGAUGGGAUAGAAAGGGUCAGUUAAAAAGUUUGGGAGUCGAAUUAACGUUUAUAGACGCAUUGCAUUUAUUUAAUUUACGCUGGCAAGAACUAACCCUGUAACCACCAAAAGAUGCCUAUUGCUGCACAGAUACACACACACACACACAUACAUACAUAAACACAUACACACAAACAUACAUAGGAAGCUCAAAACGCUUGAGUUCAUUUGUAGUUUCCACCUUAGAGCAACGAUCCGAUUUAGACUUGAAUGAUAGAUUUGUAAGUUCAAAGCGAUGUUGCAGCAAGCAACGUAACAAAAAACAACACGAUGUAUUUUUUAGACGCGAGCGUAUUUUUACUGCAUUUACGAUAAACGUAAACAUAAUUAAAUAUAUUUAUA